UAAUCCAUCACCCAUAUUAUUGAGACCAACUAGCAACCUAGAAAGUGGAAUACACUAGCAACAUAGCAACAAUGGCGGCCAAGAUAUUUUCCCUCGUUAUGCUCCUUGCUCUUUUUGCAAGUGCUGCUACCGCGACCUAUAUCCCGCAACCGCACUGCUCACAAAUUUCUAUAGCUGCCCCUCAUCCCGCAUACCUCCCACCAGUGUGCGCAAACCCAAUGCUACAACCCUAUGGGCUCCAACAGGCAAUCGCAGCAAGCAUCUUACAGUCAUCACCCUUGUUCAUCCAACAACCAUCGGCCCUAUUGCAGCAGUUGUCCUUGGUGAAUUUGUUGGCACAAAGCAUCAGGGCACAACAACUGCAGCAACUGGUGCUACCUUCGAUCCACCAAGUAACGGUGGCAAACCUUGCUGCGUACUCCCAGCAACAGCAGUUUAUUCCAUUCAGCCAACUGGCUGCAGUGAACCCCGCUGCCUAUUUGCAGCUGCAACAACUACAACAAUUCAGCCAGCUAGCUGCUGCGAGCCCUGCCGCCUUCUGGCCACAACAACAGCUGUUGCCGUUCUACCCGCAGGGUGUGGCUAACGCCGCCACCCUCUUACAACUACAACAGUUGCUCUCAUUCAACCAACUGGCUGCAGUGAACCCUGCUGCUUAUUUGCAGCUGCAACAACUACUACAAUUCAGCCGGCUAGGUGCUGUGAGUCCUGCCACCUUCUGGCCACAACAACAGCUACUGCGAUUCUACCCGCAGGGUGUGGCUAAUGCCGCCACCCUCUUUCAGCAACAACAGUUGCUGCCAUUCAUCCAGCUUGCUCUGGCGAACCCAGCAACGUCCUGCCAACAGCCCUUCAUUGGUGGUGCCCUCUUUUAGAUUUCUUACUAGUUGUAGUUCAAUAAUGAAGUUUUUAGGCUAUCAUGUCUGAGGCUUCUCAGAAAUAAUAAAUUAUGCUUCCGUAUUCUAAUGUC